AUGUCGAAUUACACAGGCCCACCGAAUCACCAAGGCAAUGCGUACGGCCAGCAAGGCUCGGGUUAUUACCCCAACCAGCCGAACCAGCACAAUCAGCCGCCGACCGGCUACUACGAAUCUGGGGCACCACCACCAAACAAUUAUCCCCAAUACGGAUCUGGCCCUUCGCCAAACAAUCAACAGUCCUACCCACCACCGUACAAUCAGCAAGGAGGUCAGCCGCCCGGCCCUGCAGGUUAUGGAUACCCACCCCAAGGUGCCAGCCAGCAACAAUCUCAACCUCCGGGUGAGAGCUCUUCGUACUAUGGAACUGGUGCACCGCAUUCCGCGCAAGCUGGCUAUGGACCUGGACCUGGACCUGUAGACCCGCAGGGCGACAGAGGCUUAGGAUCAACACUUGCGGGAGGCGCUGCGGGAGGAUUCGCUGGUCACAAAAUGGGCGGUGGAUUUCUCGGAACUGCAGGUGGUGCCGUCUUAGGCGCAGUUGGAAUGAACAUGGCCACACAUGAAAUGUCAGUCCAUUGA